AAAUAAGGAUCGGUAAUGAGGUCAUCUGCAUCAUUUUAAGUACAUUGAAAAACCACACGUGCUUCAUGUUUUCGUGCAGUCUUCAUUGCGCUACUUCUGAUAUUUUAUAUCAAUAUAGUUCUUUCCACAAUCUGGUGAAUACAGAAAGUAAACACGAUUCCUGUUGCAAUAAAUUUAUUUCUUAUAGAUAUCAUAUCAUAUCAGAUUUCAUAUAGAGUCGCCGUUGAUUGCAGCUUGCCGAUUUCUUAACUUCACCGUUUUUAUCGAUUAAAAAUUUACAGGAUAUCAACUCGUUUUUAGGGCACAAUAGCAAGUUGAUAUAUUUAUUUUAAGUAAAACCCUUUUGAGAAGUAUACGAUGCAGAGGAUCUCUUUGCCUAUAGAUCCAAGCCAGUAACGCCGAUAAGCUUGAAAGCUACUAUGAACUGCACUUGGUUCAGCACUCUGUGCAUAUUACUUAUCGUAGGCCGGAAUGCAGCGGUUGCAGAAUCAAUAUGCUCCACCUUCGAAUAUGUACAAUUUGAUGACGAUGCAAGGCAAAAAAGUGGCUCUGUGGUUAGCAUGUUCCACAAAGCCUUCCACAAAUGCAGCAUCGAUGAGAUAUGUGGGUUCGUAGUGUACGAUGUCGAAAAGGCCGUGUACCGAAGAUAUGGGUUUAUGGAGGAUCUGCCUACAUCGAAAAAAGGCUUGGUAGUUUUUAGAAAAAUCACAUCGUUUGUAGAUAUCAACGAAUGUUCCAGCAAACCAUGCCAAAAUAAUGGCACAUGUUUGGACAAUGUUAAUGGUUACGCGUGCGUUUGUGCUCCUGGUUAUAAUGGUGUGAACUGUGAGCUUGAUAUCAACGAAUGUUCCAGCGAACCAUGCCAAAAUAAUGGCACAUGUUUGGACAAUGUUACUGUUUACGCGUGCGUUUGUCCUCCUGGUUAUACUGGUGUGAACUGUGAGCUUGAUAUCAACGAAUGUUCCAGCGAACCAUGCCAAAAUAAUGGCACAUGUUUGGACAAUGUUAAUGGUUACGCGUGCGUUUGUGCUCCUGGUUAUACUGGUGUGAACUGUGAGCUUGAUAUCAACGAAUGUUCCAACGAACCAUGCCAAAAUAAUGGCACAUGCUUCGACAAUGUUAAUGGUUACGCGUGCGUUUGUCCUCCUGGUUACACUGGUGUGAACUGUGAGCUUGAUAUCAACGAAUGUUCCAGCGAACCAUGCCAAAAUAAUGGCACAUGCUUCGACAAUGUUAAUGGUUACGCGUGCGUUUGUCCUCCUGGUUACACUGGUGUGAACUGUGAGCUUGAUAUCAACGAAUGUUCCAGCGAACCAUGCCAAAAUAAUGGCACAUGUUUGGACAAUGUUACUGGUUACGCGUGCGUUUGUCCUCCGGGUUACACUGGUGUGAACUGUGAGCUUGAUAUCAACGAAUGUUCCAGCGAACCAUGCCAAAAUAAUGGCACAUGUUUGGACAAUGUUACUGGUUACGCGUGCGUUUGUCCUCCUGGUUACACUGGUGUGAACUGUGAGCUUGAUAUCAACGAAUGUUCCAGCCAAUGUGGAGGUGAAUUGGGAUGAUGUCGGACUUCGAGCUAGCUAGAUAACAUACGUUGAAGUGCGAGGGGGCUGAUGGCUUUAGCCUCCCUAAUAAUUUUCAAAAACUGUACUAAUAACAGUAGAAUAUAAUCUUGCUUUUGGAUUUUUGCUUGUUAGCCCCUCCCCCACAAACAACUUUUUCCAUUCCAGUCCGUAAAAUGCCCCGAUUUUCCUGCAUCAUGCCCCCAGAAAGCAUACGUCAGUUGUAACGUCAGUUUUCAAUGCAAGCACAAAGUACAGCAAUUUGAUAUUCAUGUAACCAAAAAUCAACGUAAUACAAACAUCAAUAUAUGCGAACACAUGGAGUUAUGAAAACAUCAAAGUGUUUAAAUUUUCAGCUAAUUGGAGAAUCGAGUUAAUUCAUGAUAGCGCUUGAUCAAAAUAAUUCCUUUUGUUGUACUUAUAAGGGAUUGGACAAUUGCUACUUUGAGGCUCCUCAGUGAAAGUCAUUAAAAAAGACGACAAAUAAAAUUAUUAUUCUUGGACGAUAUUGGCACAAUAACGUGUGCAUAACUUGCUAUACAGGCAAUACAGAUAGUUGCUUACUGAGAAAACGCAAGAAAAUGUUGCUAAAAACGAACGAGCUACUAAAUAAUCGCACCUCUACGAGGGCGACUUAUGGUUAUUUUUCAAACCCGUUGAGAAAUUUCUCAAAAUUCAGACCGCAAAUGCCGGUAACUUCUUCGCACAAAUAUGGAAGUUUCAUAUAAAAAAGAAGCCACAAAAGUGCUUUUUAGCCUUCUUUGUUUACAUUUUGCAUAUCGAAAAUGAGACAUAUGCGAUAUUGCAGACAGUCAGGCAUGCUUUUGCGCAAGCCUACGAGCGCUGCACUGAAAAACUGUUGAUUGUCGGGGACCUGCUGUAUCAGAAUCCAAAAAGCCGGUUCGAAACUUGACGAAAACAGAAAAACAAGUUAUGCAGUGCAAUGAUAAAGGAUUUAAUGUGCAAGAAUCGCGUGUAUUUUUCUAUGCUCAAAAACAUGUUUUAGAGGGGAAAAUUGUAAGAAAUUUGAUGAAAUUUGUCCCUGACGCAAAUCCAAAACAGUGGGCGUUUCGAAGCAAAGCACUUUUCUACAUGGCUCGCGAGAGAAGUGACUUAUUCAAUUCGUACACAACGCUGUAUUGAUAUUCGUCAACAAUUCUGCGUUCAUUUUCGUCAACAUACUGCAUUGAUGAUUAUUCAGCAAUGACAAUUUUCACCAGAUCUAUUAAUUUCCUCUGUUUUGAUUUUAGUUUUUUGAAGGAGUGCAACAGCCAUUUAUACAAAAAUUGGACAGCUUACUUGGUGAUAAGAAAAACAGAUAAAAAUGUACUUGCACUGGAUAACAAUGCGCUCAACUGACAGAUGUUUUGUUGUUGUUGCUGCACCUGUUGCUGUUAAGUUUUAGUUGUUAAUGCUGUUGUUGUUGAUUUUGCUGUUGUUGUUGCUGCUUUUACUGCUGUUGUUGUUGCUGCCGAUGUGGCUGCAAGUUGUAUUGUAUGAUUAGGUGGUUUAAAUCUGCUGACAUGUUUCCUUCAUUACCCUAAGUUUUAUGGCUGUAUAUUGCAAGCUGGUUUCAAUUGAAUUAAUUAGAUAUAUGCAUCAGAUUUAGAAAAAUUUGAUCGUUGUUCCUUUUCACUCCUCUAUUUAAAAACAAAUGCUACUUAAUCGCGCGCGACGGAGGAGAGUGUCUAUGCAUUCAUUUGCUGGUCACUGUCUAUGUAUCUUAAAACAAAUAUGGCUUCAUUACCGUUUUUCAAAACAUUCGCAUAGUCUGUAAAUUUCCUGAUCACAUGCAUCAUACCUAUAUUGAUUACCGAUUCAGUAAAUGAGCCCACAUUCUAUCGUAACUUGACACUAAUGUCGACGAAGUGCUUUUGGAAUGAUCACAGACAGAUGUUUUUCAUAUAUCCUGUUAAUUACUCAAAACGAAGCCAAUCGCUCUUUAAAACAUUGUACAUGUUCACAGAUAUAUACAUAAAACUGAAGCCAACAGCUUGGUCACUAAAUUACCAAAAGGCAAAUGUAAGAAAAAGACAAACAUCAUAUCAAAUUUUCUUAUAAUGCAACGUUUGGCAUAAAUUCAGGAAGGAGAAAUAGUUUCUAUUGUAAAAACAUUUUUGCUAAGGUUUACAGUUUCUCCUAAUAGGUUGGAACCUCCCAUGCUUCCGUUAUAGCAGUUGGGGUUCCUCGGAUGAUUCGCUCUAGCAUGCCCUCAUCUUCGUUGUACUGAAAAUCAAUGCAUCCCUGAUCUUUGCUUGGUUUUGAAAAGUAGUUACAGAAGAACUUGACUGAAAAAGAAAGUAAGUUCAGCAUUAAAGAUUGAUCAUAUUGAUACUACGCAAAUUCAAUACCGCAGAGAAAAUAAUAAAUUGUUGCUCCCCCUCUUUUCCCGGUCACAAUUAAGAUAAGGUAGAUUUAAUAUGAUAUGCUAACCAACAAGGGCACGACCAUAUAAUGCAUGGCUGGGCAGGCGGACGCAGAGGGGGGCUGGAGGCUGUAUCCUCAAAUAAAUUUUACCUGUAUUAAUACUUAAAAAAAACUAGAGGGGUACAUUAAUCGUUCUUUUGUCAUCAGGUGAUACUGUAUAACCUUAAAUAUUAAAGAAACUAAUUUAGUUCACAAUCUAAUUAUGAUCGGAGACAUAACAGCUUUCAUGUCAUCUAAUCUAAUCAUGUCAUGUGAUUCCUUAUUUUUGAUUCCCUAUCAACUUUACAUACACAACAUGAAAUUAACGGCUAUUAUAUCAAGACAUAAUUGCAAAACUUAAACUUUGGAAAUUCUUGGUCCUGCUCAGCAGGACCAGCAGGACCUUUGGCUUCGCCACUGUCUGAUUCUGAUUCUGUAGACACGGAAGUUUUUUGGUAAGGUCGCUCCACUUGGAAAAGAUUAAUCCUAGGUCGGCUUGGUCCUCAUUCAGUCUAGCUGUACAGAUGAGCCCAGAUAUGGGGCGAAAACGGUCUACAGCCGACUGUUUGAGGUGUCAGUGGCUUUCUUAACUUCUACAGCAACUCUGUUGGAUGGCAUACAGUCCGCCAAAACCUCAGCACUGCUUUGCGUUGCGGUUCUUGGUGAUAUUGCUUAAAGAGACUACUUCUUUUCACACAAAGAUUAAUCCGUCCUCAUUGCGUGCUUUGUACAGUUUUGAGUUUAUUUAUGCCUGGCAUGGGGAAGUUUUCACUGGCGAAAGGAGAUUUUGUGUUAUGGAGUCGACUGGCUACAUGUAUAACGAGUACGUUAAACCUGGUAAUUUGGAAGACAAUGGUCGCUAGAUUUUCAGAGUAACAUUCGACACGAGAUGUUUUCAAGUUUCGUGGGCCUGCUAAUGUCAAUAAAUGCACUGGACUUGGGUGAUACAUGCGAUUUGGCUCUGGCAAAUAAAUAAUGUUCAGGACGUUUGCAGAGUGAAACUUUUAUUUGGACAAAACUUUCAAAGUGAAUCUUUUCAGUGUAGAUUUUCAGUUCCUUAUCAGCUUUCAGAUAUUUCCGGGUAAUGUUUACUUGCUUGGGUAUUCCCCUGAUUUCAAAAGGGUUUCUUCGGAGUAAAAUACAAGUUUACACGCUGAUUUGGUUUAGCUAUUAAAUAAUAUUAAUUAUUAUUAAUGCAGGUUUUUAUGAAUAUUUUUGUAAAUUUGUUCUAUUUGAUUAGUUCUGAAAAUUCAUUGCAAUGAUGUUUUCAUUUUUCGCGUGGCCUGGUUUGUCGUCGUAUACCAUAAACAAAUCGAGAGAGACGACUCGAAUUUUUGCCUGAUUAUGAAAGGAAAACCAUUUCAAUACGCUUAAGAACUUUAAGUUGUUUCUUGCUUUACGCUUGGCUAAGAAACAACACAAAUGAUUCUUUAGUAUCAAUUGAAAACUCUGAUAAGGAAUAAACAGCAGUUUGACAACGUUUUAAAUAAAAGCCAAUUUAAUGUGCAUGUCGACUGCUCAAAUGAGAAGGGAGCGAAUAUCCUUAAAAACUAUGGGUGUGGUCACGAAUGAUAUCUCCAACCACACCCUUAUGUGCGACAGUCAGAAUACUUUCUAGAUCCGUCCCUGGAAUAGAUCAAGCCCAAAUAAUGUAAGCUCAAAGAACCUUCAGUUUCAACGCAACUUUAGAAUAUUCAUAUGUAGAAUAAAACUUAAUAACAAUACGGCCUGAAUUCAUGUUAAAUGUGUUUACAAUAGCGAUAAUGCAUACAGCAAAUGUAUAGUUUAUGAUGAAAUUAUGCUAGAUAAUAAGUUACGCAUUAGUUUUAGUAAAAAAUAUGCCAUGUGAAUGUAGUUGUUUGUAAAAUGAAAAUGGUUUUGCCAAAGCUCUAUCUCGAUCCCUAUCCUUAUCCACAAGUCCUAAAAGAAUCAGAAAGCUGGUGAAACGGUGGUAACCGGGGGAGAGGGUGUCAAAAAUUCAUAUAUUUUUGGAGCUGUCAUGGUUUGUAUGACCCCUAAAAAUAUGUGCAAAGUAUAGUAAAACAUUAGAUUAUCAGAAUAUAGACAUCACCUGAACCUUUUCUUUCCUAGAACAAUACCUAUAACAAUAGAGAAUGAUGCCACUAAAACUGCAAAUGCUAAUUCUGAACGAUUUUUAACGGUGACCUACCAUGUUUUUAAGGAUGGAUUUAUGUAUUUGACGGUGUAGAUUCAAAAAGUAAUGUUUAAAAUUCCCGCCAGAAGUUUCUUCGUUCAUAUUUGUGCUAAGAAGUGAUUUUUUGUCCCAAUCGGGAGACAUCUUAUUGAAACUUCUGCCAAUCAGGAGAAAUGUCUCCCGAUCAGGAGAAAUAUCGUUUAUUUCUCCCGAACGGGAGACAAAUGCUUAUAUCCCUAGCUUUGGAUGUUGAGCUGUUUUUUUCCUGCAAUGAAAUUGUAUUCAAAGUCUCUGCCCCGAGGCACAAAAAGCCUCGGGGCAGAGACUUCUUUUUCGGAGUUCAAAUUCCUUCUUGAGAUAAGAUGUCUCUCUCGAGAAAAUUCCUUGUCCUCUGACCUGAGCCAUAACCGGUAGAAGAUGAGACUCCCGUGGGUGAAGCGAACAGAACAUUUUCGAACUUGGAAGUGGUGAAGCAUAAUUUUUAAAAGAAGCAUAAUCUCAGCAGUAUAGUAAUUGGCUACUUCUAGCUUCAAAAGAUAAUUUUUUUUGAAUAGGUGUAAAUGAUGAGUGUAUAUAAAUGUAAGUGAUAAUAUGAAAGGUGUAUUUGGUAGAUUAGAGUUCGUUGCCGACACGAUAUGACAAGGAACAAAGUAUAAUUUCAUACCUUUCUUAAAAACUUUCAUCAUCUGUUCACAUUGUUUUUCCGUUCUUGUACAUAGAGAUCGGCAAGGAGGCAAGGCACCAUAUGGUUUUACAACUGGGGGUGCAUAAAUAGCACAUGUGUACGGCUUUACCAGGUCAGAACAUCCACUCGAACUUAAAAUUUGCAGUGCUUUGUACCGAGAAUCCUGUUUUACAACAGAUUGCUGGGUUUGUUUCAUAAAGUUCACCUUUGAUGUGUUUUUGUAACCAAGGCUUUUACAGAAGUGAAGUUGCAGAGGAACCUCCUCUUGAAGCAUCUUCACAAUGUCUUGGGAAACCUUCGUUGAUUCAGCAAAUGAAACUGCUGCAAAUAGCCAGAUGAAAGCACCACACCACGCUGAGAGGAAAGCCAUCCUUGUUUGUCACGUUAAUGUCGAUCACGAAAUGUUUGGGAGCUGAGGUAUCACACUUAUUGUCUGAGACAGGAUUUAUUUGAGCCAAUCAACGUCGAGGGGCAGGAACGCAUGCGUAUUCUAAUGAAUUAUCCCUACAAAAUCCCCGGCCAUCCUCAACUCUGCUCAACACCUAAAGCCAGGGAACACAGCAAGAUCUCGCAAACAUAUUGAGAACAGUAAUUUUAGCAACUUAAAUAAGGUUGAUCAUUUUCUGAGGUGUUUUCAGAAAUAUUGAAAGGACGUAUUUGUAGAUAUAGUUAAACGGGAAGAUCAAAAUUCGAAGCUUUCCUUUCCGCCUUGAAUAAUUGAAUUGAAGCCACGCGGGUUUUACCGGGAAGGAAGCAGGAAGGAAAGCGAAGGAAGCAGGAAAAUAGGCCUUAUGGAUAAAGGCGUAAAUUACUCACUGUUAUCGUCUUUCGCUGGAAUUAGGUUGUUCAUGAAUUUGGUGUGGUUGGUUUUUGCAAUCAUGUAAACACACAUUUGUUUGUCUCCAUGGAAUAUUUUUUAAAAGCUACAAAUUUUAUGGUUAAGUCAUCUUCACACAAUCGGCUGAAGGUGCGGGCACAUUCUUCACUGCCAUAGAAAAUUCAAUUUGUAACAUUGAUUAGAUUUAUCUCAUCAGUCUUAUGAACAAAACAAAUUUUUAAAUUUCCUUAAAAUUGAUCCCGGGCGGCUCAGUCAGUUGGUCAAACGUAUAACAUAUGAGUUCAGAAAAUUUUUUAAAAAGCUAGAAUUCUGGGACAUAGAAUCUUGAAAAUAGAGUUACAUUCUAAACAGUCAGAGGAAGCACAAAAAGGGCAGGAAUUUACUGAUAUGAUGUUGCAGAUAAUUUUUUAGGUAAAUCAAUGGCAUAUUGAAGUACAACAAAUUUUGCAGUACGUCUAGCCUUGUAUAUUGUUCUAAUCCUUGUGUAAUAGUGCUAGUCUGGAUUUCGUUUGUUUUGCAUCCUGUAACCUUAGUAAUUUUAUCACCGUUCGCACAUUCGAUUGUUUAUAAUUCCUUUUGUUUUCUAAUUGCACCUUUAGAUUCAUUAACUAUUUCUUUUGGGAUUUUUAGUAUCAUUAUUCAGUUUAUGUAAUUAAUCUUGGGAUUAAUAUAUUUUGUAUUCACUAUUAUUAUGUAAAUUUACGUAGCUAUGUAGCAUUACAAUAAGUUCUUGUUUAGUUAUAUUUUUGGCGUGUUACAUAUAGAGUUAGUUUUCGAGUUCGUUGGAGCUGAAGUUGGAAAUGGAAUUCGGUUAAAAGCGAUUAGGUUAAGUUUUGAUAUUUUGUAUAUUUAGGUUCUCGACGUUUCACUUAUGUGGCAAGAUGCUUGUAAAAGAUCUUGUCGACAUGAAGUAUGGAUUUAUAGAAUACGUAUUUGGAUUUAUGGAA